AUGAAGUGGUUCACCCCUUGGCUUCUGUUUAUAUGUUUGGCAGAAGGGACUAGGAGACCCGAGGAAAUCGUCGAAGUGUUCCGACAAUCAGUGGACGAAGACGCCUUGAAGAAUGUCACGUCGCACGUCACCGUUUCCUUGCUCAAGGUCUUAUCUGACUGUCAUUUUUUCCAACAUCUGUUUAUAGCUACUUUUCCAAGACUAUACACACAAAACCUUGGAGAAUGUCAGGAAAAGUUUUCCGGACAUGAGAUUCGACAUUAUUGACAAAUGUACUGUCUCCAUGUUCGACAUCUUCAAAAAUUCGGUGUUUUCUCUGACGACGUCGUCCUGUUCUUUGAAAAACAUCAGCGCUUGUUCUGGUUUGUUCUUUGAAGGCCUUCCUGUACUUUUUUUUCCUUAUUCCAAACAAAUUUCUAAUUUUUUCAACAGUUUUCGGUAUCUUGUAGCAGACAGAGCCUAAAUAUUUGUCUCUUUAUUUGAACUUCGAUAUGAAAGUCAAUUUUAUUCGAAAUGAAAUCAAUUUUGACUUUUGCGCGUUACUUUCUGUGCAACGUCUGCAUUGCGUACGAAACAUUUUAUUGUACGCCGCUACGGUGGCGUGUCGCCGUGCAGAUUCAAAUUUCCGAAAAGAAGUGUUUGAAGAGCUUGACUGGCGAGUGCGGUUACUGGACUCGUGGCCGAGUCGGCCAUCAGGAAUUUCGCGUCGUGGCCCAUUCUUUUUUCUCGGCGACUACGACUUAUGCCGAGAUUUGAAGACUGCUAGCCACGCAGUUCACUACUGCAAUUAUAAGUUUGUGAUUGGCAACAACUCUGCUCUUCCUAUAACCGCCGACCUUGGUUUCAAGUUGUCGGAAACUCCUGAAAAGAUUUCCUUUUAGGAAUCUGUUUGCCCACCGAUUGCGACAUUAACAGCACUAGGAAGUUCGCUGAAACUCUAGGUUAUCUAGACCUGUACAUAAAUAACGUGGUCUGUGACGAUGAGGUCGAACAGAGCUGGAAUUCGGUGAAAGUUGGAACUUUCCUGGAACUUCCUGAUGGAUCACUUGCGUUUUCAGUAUUGGUUACUCGCUUUGGUUUUGCUUUUGAGCACUCUGGUGCUGUUGGGAACUUUGAUCGACGUAUUUGAUGCAAAGAAGCAAACCGUUCACCAUCUAGAAGAGCCGGAUGAUGAAGGUGAGCCACCUUCUAGGCCAGAUCCAAAGGCUUUCAGGUGAGUCCGUAACGGACUACCGCGCCCCUUCUAUCGCUUUGACUUAUCGCAGUAUGGCAAAUGUCCGCUUCCGACCAACCAUAAUCGUUUUCAUUGAUAUCGUCAGUAUUUUCGACAUGAACAAUUGAAAGAGCUCCUUUCAGUUGUCGUCGUUUUCUCUAAAGUCUUCUCUGCGCCAUCUGACGCGUUAUUCAACACGCGACGUCAGCUGCGCUCACGGCAUCAAAGUUUUCAGCUCAUUCUGGGUUCGUUAUACCCUUAGAGUUUCCGAACUUCUUCCAGGUUGUUUUCGCGCACUCUGUGCUCUUCUCGCUCCAGUACACGGAGACGGUGAACACACUCAAGAACUCAGAGUCGCUUUUUUCGAAUUUUCUGCUCAACUCCUCGCUCGCCGUCGACUCUUUUUUGUUUCUUUCUGGCUGCGUCGCCGCUUAUUCCGCUCAACGCAAACUACUUUUCAGGUAUAGUCAAUCCAUCCCGACUUAAAAGUCGAGGAAGGCGGGAAAGUGCGCGGGACGCGUAGCGUGUGCGGACGUGGUUCUUGACACGAGUUCAAAUAAACCGCCACAUUUUAAAAGCUCUGUGACCGCUCUUUUUGUAUCUAUUCCACUAUUUUUUAAUACACAAAUGAAAAAAUCGAGACAGAACUAAAAAAGAAAUGAAAAGAGCGGUGACCGAGCUUUUGAAAUAGUGGCUAGCGGUUAAGUUGAACUCGUGCGAAGAACCGCGAACGCACACGCUACGCGUCCUGCCCCUCUCUCCGCCUCCCUCGCCUUUGAAGUCAGGAAAAAUUGACUAUAGAGAUUCUAGAGGUAAAUCGACCGAGUUCGACUGGAAGAAAAGCUUGGGCUUCUACUUUCAUCGAAUCAUGCGUCUGAUGCCAUCUAUUCUGGCUUACGUCUUCUUCAUGAAAAUCGCUUUCAACUCUCUGGGAGACGGCCCUUUCUGGAAUAACAAAGGCAUUUUCUUUUCCAGCUUCUUUAGUGAACAGUUUCCUCAGGAAUGUUUGGAACCGAAUGCAACGCUUCGACGGUUUGGCCUCAUCUCUUGCUUGUCUCUAACUUUUUCCCGUCAUUUUGCCUUCCUUGGCUUUGGCACAUAUCACUAGACUUUCAACUGUAUUUGGUAGGGUUCUUACUGAAAAAAAAUUAUGAAAUUUGCUUGUCAAAAAACGACUUUUCCAGAUUUUUCCGGCCAUGCUGUUUGUGGUGAGGCGAUGGGAGCGAGGCUGGUUGGCGGUUCUCGGCGUGGUCUUCGUGUCCCUCGUCUAUAGAGUUGUCAUCCAUGCCACCUAUCCGUCUGAAACUUUUAUAUUUUUCAUUUUCUCUCCAAGUUUUCAGGCUUCAUCCCAACAUCUUCAUCGACAUGCUCAUGGGACACUUCAACGAGGCUGAUCUUUCAUUCAGAUUACUGUACGCAAACCCUUUGUCGAGAAUCCCUCCCUUUGUUAUCGGUCUUUUAAAAGAUAUAUCUUCGAUUUGCGGAUUCGGUUUCAGGGCUGUUGACUGGAUGGAAGCUGUGCGAGGAGUCUGAAAGGAAAUCGACUCUUUGGAUAGUCCUAAUGAGAGUAAUAACUUUUUUCUGUUUGUACUUUGCUCUUUUCGCGCCUUUCUGCAGCGAGGUAAGCUUUGAUUUUCCAAACUCUUCAGUAUCGAAAAAUUCAGGGAUUUUUGAGUUAUUUUCAUGCCGUACUACACCGGGCUAUUUGGGCUUCUGGGCUGGGCCUUCUAGUUUAUCUUACACAUAAUGGCCACCUACGAAUCAUUUCGUCUUUACUUUCAUCUCAUCGUCUUUUUCUCAUUUCAAGGUCGAAGAUUCAAAUGUAUUCUUUAACAAAGGAACUCAGGUUGUCAUUUGGUAUAUUCCUGUCACAUGAGCCUCUACUGCUGUAUUUUUUGAACACGUCUCGGAAAGCUCUGGCACCUUCUUCGCUCCUUUAUUUUGUUCUAAUGGCUCUAAUGAUUUUUGUGCUUUCUUCAUUAUCUGCCUUUAUCAUUUCUGUCUCCAUAGGUUUAACAUAUUUAUCAUUUCUCUUUAACUGCGAAAUUGAAAGAAAUUCCUCUUCUGAUGGUGGAAAAAAAACUACUUAUGAGGGCGCACAAGCUUCAUAAUUCUAGAAAUCCCGCUCUUUCGGAAGAUGAAUUUGAAGAAAAUUCAAAGUUUGUUGCUCUUACAUCAUUUUUAUUCUUCUGUCGAUUCAGAGAGCUUGCGACUACUAUGAAGUUUGAGGAGAAAACAUUGCUUUGGCUGAAGCAACCUGAACGGCCUUUCAAGAAGGUUCUAUAUCGACUUCUAUCAAAAAGACAUCCAUUGUUCAGAUUGUGGAGAAAAGUUUGAACGAAAACGUCUACGAAAACUUGCUGAUUUCCUCAAAUAGCAACGUACAAUGA